UAUGUGGAGAGUGUCAUUACCCACAAUGCAUUUCCAUACGGCUUGCAAACAAUCCGGAGGUUCGUCACUGGUAACGUGAGUCUUCAAUCAAGCACGCUGCGAGAGCCUGCGUGUGCUGUUUUUAAACACAUUUUAAAUAAUCUACGUUUUUAAUAUCUGUGUUGUAUUUUUUGUAUUUUUGGAAAUGGGAGUCCCAGCGUUUUUUCGCUGGCUGAGUCGGAAGUACGCAUCUAUUGUUGUGCAUUGCUUAGAGGAGAAGGCAAAAGAAUGUAACGGAAUUGGGGUACCUGUUGAUACCAGUAAACCUAAUCCAAAUGAAGUUGAGUUUGACAACUUGUACCUGGAUAUGAAUGGCAUCAUUCACCCAUGUACACACCCAGAAGACAAAGCUGCCCCCAAGAAUGAGGAUGAAAUGAUGGUGGCGAUUUUUGAGUACAUUGACCGCUUGUAUAACAUUGUUCGCCCACGAAAGGUCCUUUACAUGGCUAUAGACGGAGUUGCGCCUCGUGCCAAAAUGAACCAGCAGAGAUCCAGGCGAUUUCGAGCUUCUAAAGAAAGUGUGGAGCUAACAGAAGAAAAGUCACGUGUAAGAGAGGAGGUCUUGCAAAGAGGUGGGUAUCUGCCCCCAGACGAAGUAAAAGAAAGAUUUGACAGUAACUGUAUUACCCCGGGGACAGAAUUUAUGGACAACCUUGCAAGGUGUUUGCGUUAUUAUGUUGCUGAACGACAAAACAAUGAUCCUGGAUGGAAAAACAUAACGGUAAUCUUGUCUGAUGCCAGUGUACCUGGUGAGGGAGAACACAAGAUCAUGGAUUACAUUCGAAGACAACGAGCUCAACCGAACCAUGACCCCAAUACUCAUCACUGUUUAUGUGGAGCGGAUGCUGAUUUGAUUAUGCUGGGGUUGGCUACUCAUGAGCCCAAUUUCACGAUCAUACGGGAGGAGUUCAAGCCAAACAAGCCGAGACCAUGUGGCCUUUGUGGCCAGGUUGGUCAUGAAAUUAAAGAUUGCCAGGGUGUUGCAAGGGAGAAGCAAGGAGAGCACGAUCAGUUUGCUGACGGUGUUCCGUCUUCAGAACAGGAGUUCAUUUUCAUCCGAAUUGCUGUUUUGCGAGAGUAUUUGGAGAGAGAGUUGACCAUGGCCAGCUUGCCUUUCCCUUUUGACAUUGAAAGGAGUGUUGAUGACUGGGUGUUCAUGUGCUUCUUUGUCGGAAAUGACUUCUUACCACAUUUGCCUUCCUUAGAAAUUAGGGAGGGUGCAAUUGAUCGUCUGGUUGGCAUUUAUAAAGAUGUGGUACACAAAACUGAGGGCUAUCUGACAGAAAAUGGCUUUGUUAACUUGGAACGUGUGGAGCUGAUAAUGCAAGCUGUGGGAGUUGCAGAGGAUAACAUUUUUAAAAAACGGAAAGAGGAUGAUGCAAGCUUCAAAAGGAGAAUGAAAGAAAAGAAGAAACGAAUGAAAGCAGACAAACCAGCAUUUUUGCCUUCAGGACAGUUUGCACCACAGGCACUAGGUAGGAGAGGUGGUCCACAGCCUGUUGAUAACCCAAGACAUGCAGCAUUUAAUAUGAGAAUGCGUGGACGAGAUCAGCACAAUAUGACUUCCUCAGGAUCCCGGGGCGUCUCCGAUGGCGGUCCCUCUCCCUCGGGAGGUGUGAAGAGGAAGGCGCAGGACAGUGACAGUGAACCUGAACCGGAGGAUAACAUCAGAUUGUGGGAGGAAGGUUGGAAGCAGCGUUACUAUAAAAACAAGUUCGAUGUGGACGCAUCGGACGAGAAAUUCCGUCGCAAAGUGGUAAAGUCCUACGUUGAAGGUCUUUGCUGGGUCCUUAGAUAUUACUACCAGGGAUGUGCUUCAUGGAAGUGGUAUUUUCCUUUCCAUUAUGCUCCAUUUGCCUCUGACUUUAAAGAUAUUAAGGGCAUGUUUACAGAAUUUGAGCCUGGCACAAAACCGUUUAAACCUUUGGAACAGUUAAUGAGUGUAUUUCCAGCUGCCAGUGGGAACUUCUUGCCUGUUUCGUGGCAGGCGCUUAUGACUGAGCCUAACUCCUCUAUUAUUGACUUCUACCCCGAUGACUUUGCUAUUGACUUGAAUGGAAAGAAAUAUGCCUGGCAAGGUGUUGCUCUGUUGCCCUUCGUUGAUGAGCGUCGCCUGAGGGCUGCUUUGGAAGAGGUCUACCCAGACCUCUCUCCUGAUGAAAUUAAAAGGAACAGUCUUGGAAGCGAUAUAUUGUUUGUUGGAAAACACCAUCCACUGUGUGACUUCAUGAGGGAGCUGUACAGGGCUAAUACCACAGAGAGUGUAGACAUACCUCCUGAACUGUGUCAUGGCAUCAAGGGUGCUCUUGAUUUGGAUGAGUAUGCAAUUCUUCCAGAUAAGACAGUCAAGUCUCCUGUUCCAAUGUUGAAGGAUAUUACUCGUAACAGUGUAAUUAGCAUAAGAUUCAAGGACCCGCAAUUCCAAGAGGGAUUUGUUUUCAAAGCACUUCUUCUUCCUGGAGCGAAACUGCCUCCAAAAGUGCUGAAACCUGGUGACUGGGAGAGGUCCGGCAGGGGUUCCUGGAGGCCCCAGCUUGGCUUCAAUCCACACAGGCAGCAGGUCCACAUGGAUCAAUCAGCAUUUAGGGCAUUGGGCCACAAUAUGUCCAGAGACAGACAAAGAGGCGUUGUCUACAGCAGUGCUCCACCACUUGGAGCUUAUAACCAAGGAAGGGGGGGCCAGCUACCACCCUCUCUGCCAUAUUCAAGAUCGCAGCAGAGCUCUUUGCUUGGCCCUUCUCCUGGAUAUAAUCAACAAUAUCCCAGAAAUUAUGGUAAUGAGUCUUUAUCGGGUUGGAACCAGGUGAUGCCGUCACAAGGUUCUGCCUUCCAGCAAAACCAACGAGGAGGAGGAGGAGGAGGAGGAGGAGGAGGAAGUGGCGGCGGCGGCAGCAGCAGUUACCAUAAACGCUAUGAAGAUGGAAGGGGUCACAGGGGAAGACAGGGGGACAACUCUGAGAGGAAGUAUUCUCAGCCACCCACUUCAGGAAGAUACACUUGGAAUUAAAGGUGUUUGAGUAUAACAUGCAGGGUCUCGAAGCAACAGUGGAUAAUGAACAGGAUUAAAGAAAAUAUAACGUGUUAUAGAUUUUGUUUUUUUCCCAGUAAUUUUUAUUGUCAUUUUUUUUUUUUUUUUAAAGAUGUAAAAGUACUAUUCUCUGCAGUAAAGAUACAACAGGAUAGAAGAAUGUGGUGUGUGUCUUUAUUUUCAUUGCAUCUGUGAUUUUCAGUGCAGUCUCGUAAUUUUCACAGUGCAAUUUUUCUGCUUGCUUUUUGUUUUUCCCCUCCAUGAAGUUGCUCUGCAUAUCCCUCCCCCUGACCCCCACAGUGAAAGAUGGCACCUAACAAUACUUCACAUUGCUGAACCAUGCCUCUUUUUAGAUAUUUUAUGGAAGGUGGAGGGGGGACCCACAGAAUGUAAUUGGGUGUUGUUUCUAUUAAAUUAAGAACUACUUAUAAAAAAAAUAGUGUUACCACAGAUUUAUUUUUCCUUCCCUCAUCUGUGGUAUAACAUGUUUUAUUGCACAGAAUGUACUGCCACAUGUUAUAUUUAAAGAAAAUAUCAACGGCCUACAUUUCCAACUUCAGUAGGUUGGUGCAAGAAAUAUGCAUCUCUGUUUAACACCUCUGUGGAACAAAACUUCAAUAAAAUAUUCCCCAUGAA